AUGUCCCUAGUCCCUUCUGCGCCCCCUCGACCUGCUCUCCUCAACAAGACAACAAACGCACUCUUGUCUCCUCGAAGUCAUAACUCAGAACCGGAUAUGGGCCCUGGAGUCGAUGUUUGUAAACAAACAAAUAAUAAUACCCCGUCAUCUCCUUCCCAGGUUGUUGGACAGAAGAGGAGUAUAGACCAGGUCGAUGUAGACCUACAUAGACCUAGUACAGCUACCAGCUCGUUUAAUAGCCAGAAUAAGAGGGAGGAUGAGUUUUAUAUCUAUGAUGAGAGUACACAUUCCAGUAUGGAUGUAGAUAAAGAAGCAUCCUUCCUGCAGUAUUCUCAUAAAGCCUCUGAUGGCCAGGAAAAAGGUAUUGAGAAAGGGUGUUCCCAAGAGAGUACCAGCAUGUCCUCACUUCUCAACCUGAGCUUUGAGUCUGACGGUGGGAAUUGUAACAACAAUAACAUCAACAACACUAAUAAUACUAAAGUGAACUCAUUAUCCAACUCACUAAAACGUCCACAAAAAGUUGCUAGACAGCAAACAAUAUCAUCCUCUACUAUCCCCACAGAUCCAGCAGCGCGUAAAUUAUUUAUUCAGCAGAAAGCUGGACUACUUCGAGAAAAGGUCCAAACAGCAAUGAAGAAUAUCAAGGAUCACAGCGAAAUAGACCGCCGUCUUAUGGAGCUUGAAGCACAGAGCCGCCGGUCCUGCAAUACCCCGUCAUCUCUAGGCCAGCAACAAAAGCCUUCAUCAUCGCAUGCCGAAACAGGUGUCGAUGUGACCCCUAAGGCUAAACCAGGCCCUUCAACCGACCCGACAACCCAGAGAGGUGAUAAGAUGGGUGUCGAUAACGAUUCUACCCCGAAACAGCAGAAGGUGGCCCCCCAAGCAGGGGCUUCUGAGCGUAGCCAGCCAGCAGACAGCCAUCCACCGCAACAGCAAGUGGUUAGCAAUACAGGGGGCCUUGUCAUCAUUGACCGAGAUGGAUCUUGCUCGGUCGAAAGGAUGAUGGCCAGGGCUAAAAAGGAGACAGCAGUGGAUGGCCUUCUGAAAUUGAUGAAAACUACGGCUGAGUAUGACGGGCUGGACGAAUGGAGUGGUUGA